AUGAAUAAGAAACUUUUCUUGUAUCUUGGGUUGUUUGCAGUCGCGAUUCCUUCGGUAGUUUUAGCUCAAUUAACUUGUGAAGAACUUUUUAACCUAACCCAGUGCAACACUUGUCAAAAAUCGUUAUAUGAUCAAGGAGCCUUGUCUUUUUAUACUGGCGUUACACCACCAUCUCAAUGUCCAUCAAACAUUGUCUAUGGCAACUUUCUUCUUGAAGAGUAUAAAAAUGCUGGUUAUGACGUUUCGCACGUGUUCAACUACUCCACAUUCGAUACCACACCGUUUAAGCCGUCUUUGGACAAAUAUUGCGCGUUGGAGUACACUUGUGACCAAACAGAAGUUGAUCAAGCCAUGGAAAAAAUCAAGACGGAUUGUGCUACCGAAUUGUCUACACCUUUGGAUUUAACCGCCAAUCCUAAAACCAUUGAAUUUAAUACGUUGCUAGCUUACGCUACAUUUCUAGCUUAUUACGGUGGUAUUCCCUCUCACGAAUCGAUUUGUCUCUUAAACGAUCAAGGAGAAUAUUGUUACUACAAAAUCGCUGAAACUUAUUUCGAAUACAUCAAGAAAGAAAGUAACGGAGAUACAAACGUUACCAUUUCACUUGAUGGAAAAAUCUUAUUCCUUUCCGAUGGAACUACGAAAGAAAUACCAAAGGAUUUGAAUUGCGGUGAAUGUUGGACUAAAAUUGCAAAUAUUUUCUUAACCUACUUUGAAGAACAUAAAUUAGAUGAACAACUUGAAAAGAAUAUUUUCGGCAGUUAUGAUGAAAUGAAACAAGAACUUCAAGCUAAAUGUGAGGAUAGCUCUAAUGCUGAAGGAAUUGAUGUUUUAGAAGAAGUUGAUUUGAAGAGAAGUGUUAGAGCCAGAGCUAAAAGAAAUGCAAGGACAAUCAAGAGAGGCGGUGGUUCUGUCACACGUUCACUCAUUAGCUUCCUCAGAGGAUGA